AUGAUAAAAACAAGUCAAGACAUGACGGAAUAUUAUUCCAAACCAAAUCAGGCAUUCUAUGGACUUCAGGAGACAUCACGAGAUCAUCCAUAUGUGAUUACAAAUCGUUCACAACACGGACAAUACAAUGUCACAGAAAGAGAUUAUGGAAAUAAGAAAGUCUCCUACUUCAUUCCAUCUGAAUAUGAGAAUCGUUACGAUCCAUCAUAUUUAGACGAUGUACCAGCUUAUGAUCGAUAUAACACGCCAAUCUUAGUGCGAAGAAGAUAUUAUCGAUCAGCUAACGAUGCUUAUCCUUACUACGAAGAAGAACUACCAAUGAUAUCAUCUCGACGAUAUGCUGAUCCACCACCUCCUCAACCACCAAAACAACCCCGAGUGAUCAAACGAGUUUAUUUUCAACCAUCACCCACCCCGCCACCAGUCGAAUAUGUAUACGAAGAUGAGCAUAAGCCAAAUAAUGCAGAAUAUAUUCCCGUGAAAUCAAAACCUAUUGAAGAACAUCAACCAGCUCCUCGAGAAAAUCCUUCACCGCCGCCUUUAAAAGCAUAUCGUCACGACGAAUUCCCUUCUCCACGUUAUCAGAAACCAAGUCCUCGACCAACAAUUAACAAUCGUAGAUCUCUGCCUCCAAUCGCAAACAAAUCGAAAUAUCUAAGUUUGCAAGAAGUUUUAGCUCAAAAUCGUGCCCGACGAGGUUCUCGCAUACCGGCUCCUCGUCGUGAAGUGUACGAAGACCAAAUCUAUGAUCUUCCGACAUACCGUAGAAAUUAUGUUAAAAAUGGUUUUAUUGUUGGCAUUGUAUGUAAAACGUGUACGGUCGUUGUGAUAAUUGCACUUUGUUCAUGUUUAACCUUACUUUACAAAAUAUCGGAUCCCGUACCAUCAUGUGUUUGUCGAAAUCAUUUGAAUCAACCGGUCGAUUGGUUUAUUGUUUAUAAAUUACCACGUCUUUCACGUUCAAUUGAUCCAUUUGUACGAAAUGGAACUGGUUACAUCUAUUUAGAUAGUUCAUCUUCGUUAGAUAAAUGGCAGUUUUCCUCGCAAGGUAUCGAUUCGCCUUCAUCGUUGACUGGUCUGACAUUAGAUCCAUUGUACAAAUAUCCAAAUCAAUAUUCAUACAUGUUUUAUAACGAUCAGCCACCAAAUAAACCUGUUUCGAUGAUCUAUGGCCAUUCGAAAGGAGUUCUUGCGUUUGAAGAUUCAACUCAAACAGGAUUUUGGUUGGUUCAUAGUGUUCCACGUUUUCCUCAAAUUAUCACGCAAGGUUACGGAUAUCCAGAUUCAGGUCGCAUAUAUGGUCAAACGAUGUUAUGCAUAACACUGAAUUCAUCAUCAGGUCUAUCGGUUAAUUCGAUUGAUUUACUAUCGACUCAUUUCCUGUAUACAAGACCAAUGGUUUUUGAUUCAAGUUUAACUUCGUCUGCUAGCAAUCGUUAUAGUAUACUUUCUAAGAGUAUUAUUACAAACAAAGGUCACAUUACUCAACCACCUUACACACGGUUCUAUCCGUUGAAUAGUUCAUCGCUUGAAAUUCAUACAUUUUCCAAAUACGGCUCAGCUAACAUCGAUAUGUUAAGUGAAUUAAUCGUUCCCACUUUGUCUACUUCAAUGUUAAGUGAAACAUGGUCGAAUGGUCGUCAGAAAAAUUUACCUUCGAAUUGUACAGGUCAAUAUCACACUGAAAAUAUUGAAAAACUUGCAUUUAAUUUCACCGUUCAUCAUGAUCACUCCAAAUGGCUUGUUAGUAGUAGUGCUAUCGAUGAGCCAUGGACAUGUAUUGGUGAUAUGAAUCGACAAGCGGAACAGAAAGUGCGACAUGGAGGAUUUGCUUGUGUGAAGAACAAACAAAUACAAGAACGAUUUCGACAACUUGUUUUGGUCAUUGAACCAUGUCCGAAAGAGAAAAAAUGA